AGAUAUAAGAACUACUGGAACAUUAAUUUGUGUUUAAAACCUGUUUUUCUUGGAGGUAUCAUGCAGAAAACAGUGACAGUGAAUCAUUUCACAAUGCCCUACCAUGUCUAUUGCUCCUAUGAAUGAUUUUUUUGCCAUUCAAAGAGAAAACAAUCAAGGUUCAGGUAAUAAACCACCUGCUCUAGGUUCACCAGAAAAAGCCAAAUACUUGUUUGUGGAUAUACAGAGAAUGAGUAAAUACUUUGAUGUGCCAUUAAAGCUACCCUCUGACCCAUUUACUACAAUGUUUGGUAAAGGUUCAUUAAAUGCUCAACGGUUCAUUACAGCUAUUGAUAUGAUGGAGCCUAAAUUUACAGGAAAUAUUUCACAGUUAUUGUGGAUGAGAAUACAUGGCCUGGAUAAAGACAUUACAGAAAUCAAAAGUUUUCAAGAGGUUGGUGAACAAGCAGGAAUCCCACCAAAUGUUCUAACAAAAGCACUUUCCAGAAUAUCUGAUGUUGAAAUAAAAAACCGAUUGAAGGAAUACACCGAUGAAGCCAUAGAAAAAGGCGCAUUUGGUCUCCCAGCCAUAGUUGCUCAUGUCAACAAUGAGGAGCAGAUGAUUUUUGGUUGUGACAGAUUUCCUAUACUUGCACUAAUUCUUAUCACCACACAUGGCUGGCUAAGGACAUGGUGUAACGUUUCUCCAGGAUCCUGUGCUGCUUGAAGGUGUUCCCAGAACAUCCAAUGUAUCUUCAUAUACUGCUGCCGGCAAUGCUACUUCUGUUGAUGUUGAUGCUGCUAUUUCCACUGUUGCUGUUGUUAGUGUUGGUGCUGGCAUAGGGGACAUCAUUGGUGGCAGUGUUGGUGUUGGUGCUGCUAUAGCCAUUGUCAUUGCUGUUGGAUCUGUUAUCAGUGCUAUCAAGAUGGUUGUUGUUGUCAUUGUUACUGUUGUUAUCAUUAGCGAUGGUACUGCUGCUAUUUUUGUUUGGGUUGCUACCAUUGCUAUUGGUAUUGCCAUUCCUGCUAUUGUAGUAGUAGUUGGGAAAGUUGCUGCUGCUACUAGAGUCAGAUACCAACUCAGCCUUUGGUUUCACAUUGGCCUCCCUCUAGGCAUCUGUUGUAGUCCCUGCAUGGGCAUCCUGCCUCUCUUUCACUUUAAAACAAAAGUAAAUAAAUAAAAACUUUUACGGAAAUUAAUGAACAAAACCAGCUAUUCAUUUUGGCAUUUCUAAGGGUUCAUGAGCUUUUAUUUACACGAUAUUUUUCACUUCAUGUUUAUUUCAUUCAUUCUUUGCAAUGUUCUCUUUCCCCCUCACGCACACACACAGAGUCUCUCU